UGGCGGGGUCCACCUCCCGUCUACAGCCACAGCCCAAGCUCCAGGAUGAGAGUGCUCGCGGUGGUCGCCUUGGCGGCCGUUGUCCGCGCCGCCCCUGAGGCGGGCUACGCCUACUCGGCCCCCAGCAGCUCCUACGGCGCUCCCGGUAGAGGGGGCGGAGGCGGCGGCGGCGGCGGCUUUGGAGGCGGCGGCGGCGGGUUCGGCGGCGUCGGAGGCGGAUUCGGCGGCGGUGGAGGCGGUUUCGGCGGCGGCGGAGGUGGUUUCGGAGGCGGCGGCGGCGGAUUCGGCGGCGGUGGAGGUGGCUUCGGAGGCGGUGGCGGCGGCGGCGGAUUUGGAGGCGGCGGCGGCGGUGGAGGCGGAGCUCUCAUCAGCAAACACGUGUACGUGCACGUGGCGCCUGAGGAGCCCGCAUCCUCCGUGCAGCAGAGGAUAGUCGCGCCCUCGCAGCCCCGCAAGCACUACAAGAUCGUCUUCAUCAAGGCGCCCACCGCGCCGACACCAACCGGCGCUCAGAUCCAGCUGCCCCAGCAGGACGAGGAGAAGACCCUCAUUUACGUGCUGUCCAAGAAGGAGGAGGGCCAGGCCGAGAUCAACGUGCAGGCGGCAGCACCCACCACACCCACCAAACCCGAAGUCUACUUCAUCCGGUACCGGACGCAGAAGGGAGGCGGCGGCGGCGGCGGCGGCGGCGGCGGUGGUGGCGGCGGCGGUGGCGGCGGCGGUGGUGGCGGCGGCGGCGGACUCGGAGGCGGUCUUGGAGGUGGUCUCGGAGGCGGUCUGGGAGGUGGCAUCGGAGGUGGCAUCGGAGGCGGCAUCGGAGGCGGCAUCGGAGGCGGCGGUGGUGGCGGCAGCGGAGGCGGCGGCGGCGUCUCGUCGAGCUACGGCGUACCCAGCGCCGGCGGCGGGCCGUACUAGACACCGGCACCUCCCCCUUUCCCCACACCCUCUCUCCCACCUCGUCGUCUCUCAGCAUCACCCCACGGAUGGCGCGAAACUCACAAGACUGAUCGGAAUUGUUUCGUAUUGCUCAUGCCUCUCUUGUUUUUUUAUUCACCUAGUCACCUCGGGUACCACCCUUGCACCUUCCCCUCAGUCCAAUCUGCAUUUUCAUCAUCAUCGCAUCGCCAUCGACGCUGAAACCAUCGUCACUUCACAAUCGUCCAUCGCGAAGUUCACAACCAUCAUCAAGCUCCUUAACAAGAUCCUGACGACGUCCCUGGAGUCACCAGGGUCCCGACGACAAACGCGGCGCGUCUCAAGUCUCAUCCUUAGUCGUAACAAUUGUAUUAUAGUCUCAUUUAUCAUCCUCAAGCAAAGAAAAAACAACGGUGGCAAUACAUGUAUUAUUUUUUAUAAUAA